AAAUGAAAAAGACGUCAUUAGUAAGGAUAAAAUCGUCAAAAAACCCAAUCCCCCUCCUCACACCUAAAACCUCUCUUUUCUUCUUCUCUUCUCCGCUCUCCCUGGUGCCGCUUUUCCUCCAUCACUCUUCAUUUUUCACCUAACUUAUUCUAAGUAUUAUUUAGCUUCACUACAAUGGCUUCAAGAGCGAUUUUGAGAAGAAGAAGAACAAGUUUCAUUCAUCAAUACUUUUACACUUCAUCAUCUUCGAUUUCAUCUUUUAACUCUCCGCUACGUGUUAUCGGUGCCUAUGGAAUCUCACCCUACAAACACGAAUUCUUCAAUUCUUCUCCUGGUUUGGAACAACAUGAUGUUCGUCGAUUCGCGAGUUUCCGUGACGGUUUUUCGGGAUCGAAUGCUUCGAUAGGUGUGAGGUGGUUGUCGCAGUCGACUUCGGCUGCGACAGCGAAGAAUGACGAACCGGAGAACGAUGACGGAAUUGCGAAGAAGAGGAAAGAAGCGUCUCCUGAAGAAUGCGAUCAGGCGGUUGAAGGAUUGACUACUGCGAAAGCUAAAGCUAUGGCGAAACGCUCGCAAGAAUCUCAGAAAGAUGUGCAGAGUAUUUUGCAGCGAGUUUGGGCUACGUUUUUGGGGAUUGGUCCUGCUUUGAAAGCUAUAGCUUCUAUGAGUAGAGAGGACUGGGCUAAAAAACUUGUUCACUGGAAAGGGGAGUUCAUAUCGACGUUGCAGCAUUACUGGUUGGGUUGUAAACUGCUGUGGGCUGAUGUGAGAAUCAGUUCCAGGUUGUUGUUGAAGCUUGCCAAUGGGAAGAAUCUCUCUAGAAGGGAGAGACAACAACUGACUCGGACUACUGCUGAUAUCUUCAGGCUAGUUCCCGUUGCAGUUUUCAUUAUUGUUCCCUUUAUGGAAUUCCUCUUGCCAGUGUUUCUUAAGGUAUUCCCCAACAUGUUGCCAUCAACAUUUCAAGACAAGAUGAAAGAACAGGAAGCAUUGAAAAGGAGACUCAAGGCAAGAAUAGAGUAUGCAAGGUUUCUCCAGGAUACAGUCAAAGAAAUGGCAAAAGAAGUUCAAAACUCCCGUAGUGGAGAACUAAAGAAAACCGCUGAAGAUCUUGAUGACUUUUUAAACUUGAUUAGAAGAGGUUCAAGUGUCUCUAAUGAGGAAAUUUUGGGUUUUGCUAAGUUAUUUAAUGACGAGCUUACUCUAGAUAAUAUAAACAGGCCCCGAUUGGUAAAUAUGUGCAAGUACAUGGGUAUCAGCCCUUUUGGCACUGAUUCAUACUUACGUUACAUGCUACGAAAACGUCUACGGAGUAUUAAGGAAGAUGAUAAAUUGAUUCAAGAAGAAGGUGUAGAUUCUCUAUCAGAAGCUGAACUCCGGGAAGAUUGCAGAGAGCGAGGCAUGCUUGGGUUGCUUUCUGUUGAAGAAAUGCGCCAGCAGCUUCGGGAUUGGUUGGACUUAUCAUUGAAUCACUCUGUACCAUCAUCUCUUUUGAUACUUUCAAGGGCAUUUACUGUGUCUGGGAGAUUGAAACCAGAAGAAGCUGUACAGGCUACAAUUUCUUCUCUCCCUGAUGAGGUUGUAGAUACUAUACAAGUUACGUCUUUACCUUCUGAGGAUUCUGUCUCAGAGAGGCGGAGGAAACUGGAGUUCCUUGAAAUGCAGGAAGAACGUAUUAAGGAGGAGGAAGAAAGAGAGGGGGUGGAGAAGGCAAAAAUGGAGACCGAUUCUAGUCAAGAAGAUAAGGCCUUGAAAGAAAUGCAUAUUUCAACGGCAAAAGAAGCACAUAAGCUUGCUAGAACCAGAGCAAUUGAAAACAAAGAGCAGCUGUGCGAAAUUAGUCGUGCAUUAGCUGUUUUAGCUUCUGCAUCGUCUGUAAGUACAGAGCGUGAAGAUUUUCUAAGGCUAGUUAAUAAAGAGAUAGAACUCUAUAACAGCAUGGUAGAGAAAGAGGGUUCAAGUGGUGAAAAAGAUGCCUUUAAGGCAUAUAAAGCUGCUCGAGAGGAACAUGAGCAUGCUACUGAGUCGGAUGAUGGGGAUAAGGUGUCAUCUGCACUCAUAGGAAGAGUUGAUGCUAUGCUCCAAAAUCUUGAGAAGGAAAUAGAUGAUGUGGAUGCCAAAAUCGGUGACGGUUGGAGGCUGCUUGAUAGAGAUUAUGAUGGGAAAGUAACUCCUGAGGAGGUAGCAUCGGCUGCAAUGUACUUGAAGAAUACAUUGGGCAAAGAGGGCAUUCAAGAACUCGUCAGCAAUCUUUCCAAAGAUAGAGAUGGAAAAAUACUAGUGGAAGACAUAGUUAAAUUGGGCAGUUGGAGGGAAGAUGGUCAUGCAGCUGAAGAUGAGAGACCAUGAGGAUGAGGGUAUGAUCCCUCCCUCACAUGACUUCCAGAUACAACUUAUUUUUAUUCCAUGCUACAAAAAAUGUGGCGCAAAUAUAUUUUAGGCCAUUCGAAAUCUCUGUCAUUGAUUUUGUAUUCAUGUAUUAAUAUUAAUAAGUAGUUCAAGUGUAGUAGUUGGAUGAAAACGAAGUGUGCACAAGCUUGUAAAUUUUUGACAGCUGAUCACUCAAAUAUACUCGCAUUUACACAUGAUAGUUAAGUUAAUCAGUUCAGGUACAAAUGAGAAGUAUUAAUUUUAGUA